CCACGCGUAUAUACAUUCUCUACGGCCAAUUGUCUUCUCCGCCUAUACUGGAAAAAUUGACAACCAACAUGACGGAAGCUCUUGCUGAGGCUACGGCCAAGCUGGUCCUCGACGAGGAGACCGGCGAGAUGGUCUCCAAGAACGAGCUCAAGAAGCGGACUCAGAAACGCGCCAAGAAGGCCGCCGCUGCCGCCGCGAAAGCAAACCAGGCCCAGAAGCCUGCGACGCCAAAGCCCAAAACUGAAGUGAAACCUGCGGAGGAAACCCCGCUGGACCCUGACGCCAUGUUCAAGCAGGGCUUCCUCGCCAAUGUCUUCCGCGAGCGCCCUAUGAAGCCGGUCCUCACUCGAUUCCCGCCCGAGCCGAACGGAUAUCUACACUUGGGACAUUGCAAGGCUAUUGCGGUAAACUUCGGUUUUGCGCGGUACCAUGGAGGAGAGACGAUCCUUCGGUUUGACGACACAAAUCCUGAAGCUGAGGAGGAGAAGUAUUUUACGGCUAUUGAGGACAUCAUUCAGUGGCUUGGAUUCAAACCUGCUAGAAUAACCCACUCGAGCGACCACUUCCAGAAGCUCUAUGAGCACGCCGAGAAACUCAUCCAGCUCGGAAAAGCCUACGUAUGCCACUGCAGCGAUACAGAAAUCAAGCUGCAGCGCGGCGGCGAGAACCACGGUGCGCGUUAUCGAUGCAAGGACGCGGAGCAGGAUGUCGAGACAAACCUCAAAAAGUUCAGGGACAUGAAGGAUGGCAAAUACGAACCCCAGACGGCGUUCUUGAGGAUGCGCCAGGACAUUGACAACCCCAAUCCUCAGAUGUGGGAUCUUGCCGCCUACCGAGUCCUGAAGAAGGAACACCACAAAGCGCCCGGCUGGGUUAUCUUCCCAACAUACGAUUUUGCGCACUGUCUCUGCGAUAGCUUCGAAGGAAUCACCCACAGUCUGUGCACGACUGAGUUCGUCUUGUCACGGGAAAGUUAUGAAUGGCUUAACUCGACUCUUGGAGUCUACGAGCCCAUGCAGCGCGAGUACGGCCGGUUAAACGUCAGUGGAACGAUCAUGAGCAAGCGAGGCCUGAAGAAGCUGGUCGACGGGGGCUAUGUUCGAGCAUGGGACGACCCCCGUCUGUACACUGUUAUUGCUCUCCGUCGACGCGGUGUCCCUCCGGAGGCUAUCUUGUCGUUUGUUAACGAGCUCGGGGUGACUACCGCUAACUCUGUCAUCAACAUCGCUCGUUUCGAACAGUCUAUCCGUACCUACCUCGAAUCGCGUGUACCCCGUCUUAUGCUCGUUCUUGACCCGCUCCCUGUUGUUAUUGAAGACUUUGAUACCCUCAGUGCAGAACAGCUCAACCUCGAUAUUCCUUUCUCGCCCAAAGACCCUGCGAUGGGCUCACACCAGGUCGGCUUCACCAAAACGGUCUACAUCGAUCGUUCUGACUUCCGAGAGGAAGAUGCCAAGGGUUACUUCCGUCUUGCACCUGGCAAGAGUGUCGGUCUGUGGAAGGCCCCGUACCCGAUCAAGGCGACCACCUUCACUAAGGAUGCCGAUGGAAAAAUCACGGAAGUUCGUGCCGUCCUGGACAAGGAUGGUGGAAAGCCAAAGACGUACAUCCACUGGGUCCCUGAGGGAUCGCGCAAGCUUGAAGUCCGCAUCCACGACCAACUGUUCAAGUCCGACGAGCCUGCCGCUGCCGAGGGUGGCUUCCUCGCGGACAUUAACCCGAACAGUGAGACCAUCUACGCAGACGCCAUGAUUGAGUCAGGUUUCGACGAGGUGCGGCGCAGGGCACCGUGGCCUGAAGCCGCGGGUGAGACGAGCGAGGGAACUCCUCGACCAGAGACUGUUCGCUUCCAGGGCAUGCGGGUGGCCUACUUUGCCAUGGACUCGGACUCCACCGACAGCCACGUUGUGCUCAACCGGAUUGUAUCCCUGAAACAGGAUACGGGCAAGGCGUAAUGACCGAUCAGGCGAUAACCCCGGCGAGACUUCAUCUAUCUCGUGGAAUGCCGGUAACUUGGGAAGGUAGA